GUCUAAUGUAAAUGAAAGGGUACGAAGUAGGUAGGAACAAAGUCAGACAUGGAAAUAACUGUGGGGAAAAGCACAGAUCACAUGUGGAGAUAGUAAAAGAAAAGAAAGUAACCCUCCCACCUUGCAUUUCAUAAUCAGUUUCAUAAUCUUUAUCGGUAACUUGUGGCUGCUGGAUCUGAUUAUUAAUAGAUCUGCGAGAAAACUUAAAUAGUAUUCUAUUCAUCAUUUCUAACCAGUGAGCCCCUUGAUUAUCUACUUAAUACCUCUGCUUGCUAAAGAAUUUGCCCUAAGUCUUUGCAUGUGACAUUGUUACAUGAACUGAAAGGGAGGAUUGGGACACCAAGGAUUAUAAAUACUUUUCUUUAUUCCUGUCCCCAUUUCUUCGUAUUUUCCACAGGCAUCCAAAUAUUUUAAUACUUCUGAUUUACAGCCAUUAAUAAACCAUUCAGCUCCAUACACUUAUUAACACACACACACAACAAUCAGCACAUUAUUUUUUGGAAUUUAAUAGCAAAGUGAGUUUACCUUUUAGCUUCAGAAAAGUAAAAACUUGUUUGUCCAGAAUCAUUUAUAGUAUAGUGUAUAGUUCAGGAUCAUUUUAAGUCCUGGGUAAGGAAAUAUCCAGCGGUUUCUAAUCGAGUCAUUUUGCAAAGAAAAGUGUUAUAGUGGCUAAUUAGAUGUUAAAAUUUUAGGAAUUAAAUAAUUAUCUCACUGCACUUAUGGUUUUUAAAUCUUUAAUCCGUUUAAGUAUUAGGCAAAAAGCGCCACAGCUGCAGAUUGCUUAAUGAUUGCUUAAUAUGCUCCCACAUCUAUUAAGUGUGCUGUAACACUUGUUAAUCAGAAUGAUUUCAGUUUUUGUCCUACUGUGUGUCAUAGCUAAUAAAGCUGCUUGUAACUCCUCUCUGACCUCUAUCCGGUUUACAAAGAUAACCUUUCGUCUAUAUAAUAAGAGCCCAGAUUUACGCCAGAAGAAGCCAAAGCUGCUAUUUUCUCUCGUCACCAUUGCAUGGGUGUAAUUGUGGGUCACAUGCAUUGUUCUAUGUGCUCAGCUGAUGAAGAAUAGUGGUGGUAAACCUCUUAGAAAAGCUGAAGGUUUGCCCAGGUCUUGUAGCAAUACUGAUGGAGGAUCAGCCUCCUCUUGCACUUUCUUUGACUGCCCACACUCACAGCAAAGCACACGCACACGUUCACAUGCCUGUCUCCUGCCUGCGAUUAUACUUCAAAUCUGACUCACUCUUGCCUGCUUUCCCGAGUCAACCCCACUGCUUUGUCAGUCGCUGCUCCAUCGGAGCCAGAUCACACAAGACUCUGCCAGAGAAAGGACUCCACCAGCAACCUUCACCCUCGGUGUUUGAGUUGUUCAACUUGGCUAUUUUGGAGGACUUUAAAGAAGAACUGCCUGAAGCACAUGCAGAGAGAGAUUUGACUAACUAGGAAUCAGUUCAUAUUACUCUCAGUUGAGUGGACAAAGGGACCGGUGGCCUCUCGCAUCAGAUGGCUACAACUAUCCCAACCACAGAAGUCUGAGGAGAAGUCAAGCCAAAGGUCUGUCUUCCAUAGGAUUUUCCCUCUUUCUUUAUGUUUAUUUUAAGUAGUUACUUUCAAUACUGCUGUGCACUGAAGAACCUCCUGACCUUUACUACAUCACAUACACCGGGAAGACCCUUUUUUAAGGCAUAACUUCAAAGAUGGAACCUUUAACAGACAGUCUACGUGUGCGCUCGGACAGCACGAGCAGCUCGGCAUCUCAGGGCUCAAAGUCAAAGACGGUUCUUCGCCAGCGUUUGUCCCAGCUGCUGACCUGCAUCGAGGACAUGAGCUCUGACGACGAAGCCAGUGAAGAGGUGUCACGCACGCUGGAAGAAGCAUUUCAGCUCUGUGGACGCUUCAUUCCCACAGAUGCAUUCAGGCUCCACAUUGUGACCUGGAAUGUGGCCACAGCAGAGCCUCCUGAAGAUGCCACCUCUUUGCUGCAACUAGAUGCCCAGCCACCUACAGAUCUCUAUGUGAUUGGCCUUCAGGAGGUAAACGCCACCCCAGUGAGGUUCAUCACAGACCUGAUAUCAGAAGACUCCUGGAGCCAUGUCUUCAUGGACUCACUGGCACCCAGAGGCUUUGUCAAGGUCACAUCAGUGAGGAUGCAGGGUUUGCUGCUGCUGCUGUUUGCCAAACAGAUUCAUCUUCCCUACAUCAGAAACAUCCAGACCACCUACACUCGGACCGGCGUGUUUGGCUACUGGGGUAACAAAGGAGGAGUGUCUGUACGCUUUUCCUUCUAUGGACACAUGCUUUGCUUCCUCAACUGCCACCUAGCUGCUCACAUGAACAACGCUCUGCAGCGCGUCGACGAGUUUGAGUACAUCCUGGAGACGCAAGACUUUGACAUCUAUGACACCCCACAAAUCCGGGACCACAAGGUGGUGUUCUGGUUUGGUGAUCUGAACUUCCGCAUCGCAGAUCACGGUUUGCACUUUCUCCGCUCAUCCAUCAACAGCGGCCGGUUAAAUUUGCUGUGGGGCAAAGACCAGCUCAUCAUGAUGAAGAAGAAGGAAGCUUUCCUGCAGGAAUUUGAGGAGGGGCCGUUAAAUUUUAAACCCACCUACAAGUUUGACCGUAACUCCGACACCUAUGACACCAGCGCUCCAAAGACAUGGUUGGGUUUAAAUGGAAAGAAGAGGAAGCCGGCAUGGACCGACCGGAUCCUCUGGCGGAUCAAACCCAAGCCCCUGCCAUCAGAGGAUGAUGAUGAGAAGGCAUCAACUUCCACAGAUGAAGAACAGGAUGAGUAUCCAGUCCUGGUCACCCAGGAUAAAUACACCAGUGACAUGAGCUAUGGAGUCAGCGACCACAAGCCUGUCAUUGCAACCUUCAGCCUGGAGCUGAGAAAAGUCUUUGACACACCACUGGUGCGGGUGUCUCCUGUGGGCAUAUGGAGCGCAGACCAGGAUGCACUUUUGACCUACUCUGUCCUGGAGGACUUUAUGUCUUCUACGUGGGACUGGAUCGGCCUGUACAAGGUGGGAUUUAAGACUGCGUCUGACUAUGAAACUUUUGUUUGGGUUCGAGAAAAAGAACUGCCAGAGAUAAAUGAAGUCAUACAGAUUUCUGUGGAUAAAGGUCAGAUUCCUCUGUUAGGUGGACAGUACGUUUUGGGGUACUACAGCACAAACAUGCAAAGCAUCACUGGCCUCAGUGAUAGCUUCCAGAUCCUGGAGUCUAAGCGUGCUGUCAUGGAAGGCCUGGUUCCCGAGGAUAUCAAUGGAGUCAACAAAUAAGAACAGAUUCUCUGCAGUGCCACGUCUUAUUUCUCUCCGCUGCAAAGUCACACAGAUCUGAAUCAGGCUAUAAAAUUGCCCCGAGGUUAACUCCUUAAUCUACUGGAUGAGCGGACUCUGUCAUUCAUGUUGGCCCCCACAAUUUGUCAUCAUGUUAACUCCAGUUUGUUAUUUCCUACUUUGCCUUUAAGGUUCAGGCUCACUCUUGCUGAAACAAGAUCUCUAAUAAAAAAAAAAAACUUUAAUGAGUAGCCUCAGUCUAUCCACAGAGCCUGUUACAGCAGAUAUACGGAGAACACAUGUCAAACUGCACAGCAGCUUGAAAACAGAAACUGCAUUUGAGUUUUGUUUCGAAGUUGUAUGUUUUGGCAGCCCAUAGUAACCAGUGCAGAUUAAUACAAAAGGUGCAAAACAUCAUUGUGUAGAAAAGUGUGCUCUUUUGUUUUAUAUGUGCUGUCUCGGUGAAGAAAGAUGCACCCUGCAAUUGAAAUUUUAAAUUUCUUGCAAUGGGUUGUCUGCAGAAACUGUUGAAUAUGAGAAUCUUAGAGAGGAACAUAACACAGAAAAAGAUGGUCAGCUGGUUGAUCCAAUGAACGAUGCAGGAACCUGUAGGAUGUGUGCAAAUGAACAACUGGCAGGGAGGCGCUGGGAAAAUGUAUCUGUUAUCACAGUGGCUUAUCUUUAAAAUGUGAAUGCAGGUUGUCUGUUUUCCUCUUGAUGAAAAUGUGUUAUAUCUCCCACACUGCAUACAUGAAUCAUAUCAGCAGACUAAAAAUAUACUGCAAGACAAACUAAAUAUUUUUUGUGAAUUUGUUUAUUAAAAAAAAAAAAUCCAGUAUGUUUUCAGGAUUUGGAUAUGUGACUAAUCAGUGAAAAAAGAUGAGCAGUGGGUCACUUUAAUUAUCAGUAAUUAAAGGCCUGGAGGCUUGUAA